AUGGAGCUCAUUGAGAGUUUGGAACGUGCUGAGCGAUACGCCGAAGUUGCCAUACAUAGGACGUUCCGUGACAGAACGUGCCCGUACGACACUUUGAGUGACGUCGAAUUCAGAAAGGAAAUAAAAAUACAUUGGCCGAAUGAGCGCGAAAGUGCUGACAUAAGACGGGCCUUCUACAGGCGAUAUCGCCUGCCUGGUAUUGUGGGUGUCAUCGACGGCACUCUCUGCCGUAUUCAGAGGCCAACGGAGGCGGAGGAGGAUUAUGUGUGUAGGAAGGGGUACCACAGCCUGAACGUUGGAGUAAUUGUAGAUCACGAAAUGAAAAUAAGAUGGGUCUGCUCAAGAUGGCCUGGGUCCGCCCACGAUUCACGCGUUUUCAAAACCUCCGCGAUAUAUGGGCAGCUUCAGAGAAGGCAGCUGAGAGGAGUCCUAUUAGGAGACUCCGCGUACGCGUCGGAAACAUUCCUGCUCAAGCCGGUCAACAACCCACGAAACGAGCAAGGUAUAGCAUAA